GAUAGUGCAGUGCAAGAGUUUGUUGACUUCUGAUUGAAGUGCUGAAUUAUUAUCUGGGCAGGAGCAAGAAAAUCACACUUUGACUGGAAUACUCUUCUUUCUAGAAGAUGAGAGGUAGUGAGCAGCUUCAGUGGUUGCUGGGGUGGAACUUACUAUUCUCUGUCGUCUCCCAGCUCGACCUAGACUCACCACAGUGGCGAGAAUGUCCUCAGAUGCUGCCCAAGGUCCUCGUUGGCUACGCGCCGCGUGGCAACGAGUCAGCUGGCGUCUACAAGAAGAGUCCUGAGGCAGUGACUAUAUCAAGUUGUGUGGCCCUGUGUUGUGAACAGCCAUCCUGCAACAUUGUCUUUAUGUUCAAGCAAACUUGUUUCCAAAUUGAGUGUGAGAGCGAUUCUCUAUGUGAGCCAGUGUAUAGAGAAGGUUCCCAGUUUGGCAACAACGUCCGGAUGGUCUUAGUCCGUCCUGUCAUCGGUGGAAGUUGGGGGGACAUCACCGAUGUUAUGGCUCCUGUUGAUUAUAACCGAGACAAGUUGUGGUUCGGCACCAAUCUACAAGACUUAGAUAUGGCCGAGAGCAACGUCAACGCAGACAAAGUGUGUGUGAUGGAUUGUCCGGAACACGAGCACUGCAGUGUGGCCACGACUGAGUGUGUUUGUGACGUGGGAUACCUGCGCAACAGACAGGGCGACUGUAUAUCUGCUGGAAACAUGACAGCUGUAUCUGCCUUGCUGUUAUCACCUUCAAGGGAAUCUACGGAAUCUCCUUCCUCUUCUAAGGUGUCUGAUGGAAUUGAUUCCAGUUCCAAAGUUCCUGUCCAAACGCUCCAUGUUUCGGUGUUGUCCAAAGUUGUUCGGUUGCCUGAAAACGGAGCAGCGUUGUCUGCAUACACCAUCCCAGCACAGUUAUCUGAUGGAGGAAAGUACAACUACGAAUGGACCUUAAUUUCCCAACCAGAGGGAAGUAGCAAGGGCACGAUGACAGAUAAGAACGGGGAAACACUGAAGCUAAGUAACCUAAGCGAAGGAGUUUAUGAGUUCAAGGUGGCUGUAUCGGGUCCUGGAGUUUACGGAGAAGCUUUCGCUAACGUCACUGUCAUGCCUCCUAAGAGGAUCAACAAACCACCAGUGGCCAUAGUGAAGCCGGCGUCCAAAACGGUAAAGCUGCCGAACACGGGAGCCGUGCUGGACGGGUCGUCUAGCUACGAUGACGCAGCCAUCAUAGCUUGGCAUUGGGAACUACAGAAAGGACCACUCGGCUACCAGCCGACUCUGCAGGACAGUCCUACGCUGGUGCUGAAUAAUCUCAACAUCACUGGCAACUACACCUUCACGCUGACAGUGGAAGAUUCUGACCAUGAGAAGAACUCUACAGUAGCCAACAUCACAGUACUGCAGAUGCCAGAUUAUCCUCCAGUGGCCAAUGCAGGCCAAGACGUGAUACUCUACCUGCCUCACAAUAAUGUCACUCUCAACGGCAGUCUCAGUUCAGACGACAAGGCCAUCGUCAGCUGGGAGUGGACGAAAAGCCCGUCUGACCAGGAUAAAGCUGUUGACAUGCAGAAAACACGCACCCCUUACCUCGAGCUGUCCAAUCUGGAGGAGGGGAUGUACACGUUCAUACUGAAAGUGACUGAUGAAGCCGAUCAGUCGGACACUUCAACUGUUCAUGUGUUUGUCAAACCUCCCACCAACAAACCACCGUCUGCUAAUGCCGGAACGAACAUAACUGUCUCACUGCCUCAAACUACCGUACUAUUGGAUGGAAGCAAAAGUUCUGAUGAUAUUAAAAUUGUCUCUUGGAGUUGGGAAAUGGUCAGUGGUCCAGGCAAUGUGGAGUUCAGUGCGCACAACGAGAGUGUUACCAACGUGACCGGACUCACUAAGGGGCAGUACGUGUUCAAACUGACGGUGACGGACGGUAACGGCAACAUCGCCACUAACACUGUCGGAGUCACUGUUACCCAGAACAGUAACUCCCCGCCCAAGGCCAAUGCAGGAGGAGACCACACUGUAGAACUGCCUGUAGACGUGCUCGUACUCAACGGGUCUCAGUCCCGGGAUGACCUGGCUAUAGCCAAGUGGCUGUGGACCCGGGAACCCACUAGCCUCGCUAUCGGCACCAUCAUAGCCGGCACCGACACUUCACCAACCCUCAUGUUGACCAACGUUGUGGCUGGGCGUUACUUGUUCCGUCUGAGAGUUACGGAUGAACAAGGAGAAUGGGACGAAGACACUGUCUCUGUCAUUGUUAAACCAGAUCCCCAUCUGUACCACCUGGUAGAGUUGACUCUCAACAUUGAGUCUAGUCAGCUGACCAAGUCCCGCAGUGACUCUGUUGUCAUGAAGCUGGGACUGCUGCUGCGGGAUGCAGCUAGUCUGGUUGUUAGAGCUCUGCAGACUGAGGCAGCGACUGGUAGAGCAGUCCUGGUGUUCUAUGUGACAACCUCCCACGGCGCUCUGCCCGGUCCCUCGGUGGUGCGAACGCUGCGUAAUAAGUUGGCGCAAGACUCUGUGUUGUUACAGCUCAGUGUCGCCAACAUCCAGACAACAGUCUGCCAAAACAAUUGUUCAGGCCACGGAGUGUGUGACCAGGCCACUAGACAAUGUAUGUGCGAGGCUUUCUGGAUGCAGGAUUUGUUCCGGAAACAUUUUGGAGACGGUGACUCCAACUGUGACUGGAGUAUCCUGUACGUAGUGAUUGCACUGUUCACAUGUUUCGUAUGUGUGGUUGGCUGUGUUUGGGGCCUCGUGUGUGUCUGCUCUAGACUCUGCCUCUGUUGCCAACGUCCUUCCAAGAGGCAGCGUUAUGCCUUACUAGACAAUAACGAAGACUCACGCUUGCCUUUGGGGAAAGUGAUGGUGUCGGAAAGCGAGUCGGACUCAGAUAUUUUAUUCGAGAGCCGCAAACCGAACAAAUUGACGAACGGAGAUGCCCGCAACGGGGUGAAGAACAAUCGACCAAUGACAGGGUUCAAGAUGGAGAGGAGAGUAAAGACCUAACUAUUUGUGAUACAAAUUUUUAAUGUGAUGGAAGUAGUUUUAAGCCUAAGAAUAUUUAUUGACUUGUUUAACAGUACUCUCUUUCAAAAGGAUGCACAAUAAUGUUUUAACUCGUUUUUCAUCUACUUAUCAAAAGAUAGUAUUUUAAUUUUAUACUGAGUUGGUAGGC